CUGGCACAGACAGAUGUGUUGUCACGCGUAGGAGUCCAGAACCUUUCUCCAGCUUCUAUAAGCAGCCCCACUCCUCUCCCUCCCCCCACACCUCCUCAGAGCAUCUUUAAUAAGACACAUGCUCCGGGGCUCAGGCUCUCAUUCACACCAAACGCUCCUUGGCGAUCCCCCAACAGGCUGCCUGCCCCACUUCUAGCCUCGCCGAGUCUUCAUGGGUUGAACUGACAGGAGUGCCACACUCUCCUCUCCUCCUUUUUCCACCUCUCCUCUCCUCUCAUACUCUACGCAUCGCUCCUCCAUUACAUCGUCAACCGACCCCCCCCCCCCCCACACACACACACACACACGCACACCACCGUUAUGGCUUGUGCCCCGGGAAUGUUUGGAUUUGCAGCCGCAGCAGCAUAAUCCUCUACUGAAGGGAGUUGCGGACACAGCAGCCCGUAGAGAGAGACCGUGAGAGACAGAGAGCGAGUGAGAGAGAGAGAGAGACCCAGCGGACAGAAGCAGCGGAAGGAGGGAAGCAGCAGGGAGGAGCAGCAACAGCAGCAGCGGCGGCAGAGUGAUCCACCUGUCACAGAGUGGAAGGGCCCCCCCGCCUGAUCUGUCUGCCUGCAGGGGGGACCCCGCGUGGCCGGUCAGCACCAGGGACUAUGCAGCUGGGACUGGUGGCUCUGGCGAUGGUCUUUCUCGGAUCCAUGGGUCACAGCGACAGCGGCCUCAAGCUCUCAAAGGGACGGAGGCAGAGACGGAUUAGCACUGAGGGGCCACCAUCUUGCUCAAAUGGCUGUGAGCGAUGUUCCGAAUACAAUGGCUGUAUAAAAUGUAAGCCUAAACUCUUCAUUCUCCUGGAGCGCAACGACAUCCGCCAGAUAGGCGUGUGCCUCGCCUCGUGCCCACAGGGAUACUUCGGCAUGCGGACUCCCGAUACCAACAGAUGCAUUCAAUGUAAAAUAGAGAAUUGUGAGGAGUGUUUCAAUCGAAAUUUUUGCACAAAAUGUAAGGAGGGCUUAUAUUCACACAGAGGGCGAUGCUACCCCAGCUGCCCUGAAGGCCUCAGCACCACAAACGGGACCAUGGAGUGUGUAGAAUGUGAACUGGGCGAAUGGAGCCCAUGGGGUCCCUGUAUGAAGAAGAACAAGACGUGUGGCUUUAAGAAAGGCACACAGACCAGAAUGCAAGAGCUUCUUCAUGCCUCCAGCACUGACACAGUCUCUGUGUCAUCCCCCCGGCCAUGUGCUCCACAGACUGAGAGACAGAAGUGCACAGUGCAGAAGACACCAUGUGGAAAAGGAGAUGGGAAUAAGAAUAAGGGCGAGCGACGAGACCAGCAGGGGAGGCGAGACAAAGAAAACGUCCGAGGCCAUGGCCACGAGGGCAAAGAGGGUGGCAAAGAGGGUGGCAAGAAGGGUGGCAAAGAGGGAGGAAAAGAAGGAAGCAGAGAGGGGGGCAAAGAGGGAGGAAAAGGAGGAAGAGAGGGUGGCAAGGGAGGCGGCAGGAGGAAAAAGGGCCAAAACCAGGCCACCUCCGCGCCCAGCCUUACCCCUAGCACUGUAGUCUAGGCCUUACUCACGUUGGGACUUAGUGGGGACAAGGAGGGACAAAAACAAGGCGACUAGGCAACACCCACCUGCAUUGGCCAUUAUUAAGAGACAGACAGUGGACAGAGGAGACAAUAUCAAACUGAUGAAGAAAAGGAUUAAUGCUGCUAUGCAUUCUAGAAUAUGCUCUAAGAGAACUGGAGUAUUGCUGCAAUAAAUGAGGAUCAGGACUUGGACUUAUCAGACUUGGAGGGAAGAGGGUGAAUGUGCAAUGUGGAGGGUUCCACUGUAAGCCUUGCAGUAGGGUCAACAUGUUUCAUUUCACCGCUCCCAGGUUUAUCAUGGAGUUGGCAGAUGGAGAUCCCUGUGGCUGAACAGUGGAAGACACUGAAUAUGAAUAUGAGAAUUUCAAGAUGGAGUCUUCACAAUGAUCAAGGAUCUCUACAAUCCAUUAGAAUCCCUGAUGUGCUUUUCAAAAUCUAUUUUUCAUUGUUGACGACUCAUGUUUUGUGAAUGGUAGCAAGUAGAUAUUUCUAAGGAGAUGUUGUUGUAAGUGAUAUAAUGAAAAUGAACAGUAUUAAAAUUCUUUAUUUUAAUUAUAUUUUAUGAUUAAACAAAAGAAAGGCACUGGAACAAAUGUGUGGUUUUGAAGGAAAACAUAUUUUAAUGACAUUUUUGGUUUGUAGAGUAUCUACUCCAAAACAAACCAGCAACAAUAUAGAGAAGGUUUAUACAGCUUUAGUUCAAAUCCUGAUCUGGUGUUAGACAAAGGUUACCCACAUAAUAGCUUAGUUCUUAAUUUCAAAUAGAAUGUUUUGCUAUCUUCAGCAUAAAAAGUUUAGGAUUGAAAACUGUGUGUUGUGUAUGUGUGUUGUGAGUAUGUGUGCGUGUGUCUGUGUGUGCAUUCGUGCCUGUCUGUAAUGUUACAGAAUUUCAGCAGAAUGUUUUUGUGAAGUAGUGGUCACACAAGUGUAUGUAUAUUUGUGUGGGUACAUUGUAUGUGUUUCUGCACAUAAGCUUAAUGUGUGUGUGUACGUCUCAAUCUGGUAGAAUGGGACAUUUUAUAUAAACUCAGCAAAAAAAGAAAUGUCCCUUUUUCAGGACCCUGUCUUUCAAAGAUAAUUAGUAAAAAUACAAAUAACUUCACAG